CAAGCAGGAGGUUCUAGAAGGUUCCUCAGCUCUGGGUUCUAACAGGUCCACAGAAAACUGUUCUGAGGAGGUUCUAGAAGGUUCCUCAGCUCUGGGUUCUAACAGGUCCACAGAAAACUGUUCUGAGGAGGUUCUAGAAGGUUCCUCAGCUCUGGGUUCUAACAGGUCCACAGAAAACGGUUCUGCAGCUGUGGAAUGUAGGAACAUCAGACAUUUUUACAUUUACUGGGAUUUGAAGCUCCUUGAGAUUUAGAAAUAACUUUAGAAGUUCCUGCACUGUUAAAGGUUCCUGUGACAGGUUUUGGUUUCCUAAAAGGUUCCCAACUUUCAGAAAAAGUUUAAUGAAAUCUUGAUGUUGUCAUGACAUUCCCUGUAGAGAUCAAUGAGCUUUCUAGGAGGUUUCAGUGUCCUGAAAAGGUUCUGAGCUUCUUUUAAAGGUUCCUCUGGUCUCAGGAAACUACAAGUCUGUAAAAAUUCCUUUAAAGGGCUCUGGUUUAAAAAGGUCUCUGGUGAAGUAAGGCUUCUAUAAAACGUCACCAACAGUUGCUGGCUUCCUAAAAUGCUCCUUAAAAAAUUUCAGUUGUUCUAAAAUCCAAUUAAAGAUUCCUCAGUUCCAAUAAAAAGACUGGAUGUUCAAAAUGUUCUCCUGAAUUCUCCUUCAAGCUGUUGUAGCUUCUGGAAAACACUCCUUGUGAGAUAGAAAGUCCUAAUAAAAGGUUCUGUCUUCCUAAAGUUUUAAGUCGAUCUUUUAAAGAGUUUCUGUUAGGUUGAAACUGUAAAUACAUUUUGAUCAUAACAUAGAAACUAUUUGUAAGCCUUAAGCAAAAAGAGGUUGUGCAACUGUCUGUCUGCGACAUUUAAAAAUUGCUUCUGAAACAGGAACUAGUCCUUCCUCUUUUCACUCCUUAUCGCACACACACACACUGCCAUGAAAGUAUGGUGUUUGUACUAGGGCUGCACGAUUAAUUGACAUCGCAUCGACAUUGAGGUUUUAACUACUGCGGUAACCUAACCUCACGAGGGUGAGUUUUUUUUUUUUUUUUAAAUCCCUAUUUGAGUGACAGACCUAUUCGCCAAUCAAAAACAUUGAGUCUCGUGAUCCUCCUGGCCACUGGCCAAUCAGAAAUGGCAACAGGAAGCAAGUGCGUAUGCACUGCACUACCGUAGCUAGCUUUAGCCAGUAGCUAACAACAAAUUCGCAUGUGUACUUUGCGAUGCCGUGAGGAGCAAAAAGUUUUCAUUGUGACACAUUAACGGCGUAAAAAUGGCUGAAGGAACGUCUUCAGUAACAGAACAGGGUGCGGAGCAGUUGGUAUCUAAAAAGAACUCUAUUUCAGUUGUUUGGACUUACUUUGGGUUUGAGAAAAACGAUGUGGAGCAAAAGCGAGCCAAAUGCAAAAUAUGUCGUCGUGCAGUAGCCAGAUCCAGAGGAAACACGUCGAAUUUGUACCAACACUUCAGGAAUCACCACCGACAGCAGUAUGAUGCAUGUAUGAAAAGUGUGGAUGAAGAACAGACGGGGGCUAGUACUAGCCAAGGAAAAAGUAAGCAAACAUCCAUCCAAGCAGCAUUCGCUUCUGUUACACCAUAUGAAAAGUCCUCAAGAAGACACGCUGAAAUUACAACGGCUAUUACACGUUAUAUUGCCAAGGAGAUGAUUCCCUUAAGUACCGUUUCAGGGGAAGGCUUUCAAAGCAUGAUCCACACUUUGGACAGACGCUACACAAUUCCAUCCCGAACUUAUUUUAGUCAAGUAGCGGUCCCCCAGAUGUACGCUGAAUGCAGGGGAAAGGUGGAAGCUGAACUCAGAAACACUGAAUAUUUUGCUACAACUACUGAUUUGAGGUCAAGCAGGACCACGGAGCCAUACAUCAGCCUUACACUGCACUUUAUUGACCACAAGUUUAACCUGAAAAGCCGCUGUCUGACGACAUCAUACUUCCCAGAGGAGCACACAGGAGAAAAAAUAGCAAACACAAUAAAAGAGAUGCUGAUGAGUUGGGGAUUGUGUGACAGGAAUCAGACGUGCAUAACCACUGACAAUGCCGCAAAUGUCAUUAAAGCCGUGGAGCUCAACGAAUGGAUGAGGCUGCAAUGUUUUGAAUUGUGAAGUGGAACGAAAAUUAUUGGAUAUUUUAAACUUUUUUAACAAAUAAAAACUAGAGAUAGACCGAUUAUCGGCCGAGCCGAUUAUCGGCAACAAUAUCUGGGUUUGGUCGAUUAUCGGCAAAACGCAGAUAUUCGGUCGAUACGACUUAAAACUGGGUUAUUUUGGUGUUUUUGCCGCAGCGUCUCCUUUUUUUUCUUCUCCUGGCGCGCUCCCUCGUGCUCCCCCGCCCCGCUCUGCUAUCUCUCUCCCUUCUUCACUCUCCGGCUCUUCCCAUGAGCAAAGCUUCAUCUGAUUGGUCACACACAGAGGGCUGACAGCCAAUCAGAGCUACCGCUGAGGGCACAGCAUUCGUGGGCGGUCCUGCCAAGUGCUGCUCGGUCUGAGUCGCAGACAGCCGGAAAGGAGAGAGGCUGGUUUCACAGAUACGAGGAAACUUUGUUUGCUAACGAUGGACAAAGCAAAAAGUGCAGUAUGGAAGCAUUACAGUCAACCAUCAUCAGGAAAGGCAGUCUGCAAAGAAUGCAACGAAAAUGUAAGCAUGGGAUCAACAAUAGGGAGAACCAAAAAUACUUCAAACCUGUGGUCCCAUCUUAGGACUCAUCAUCCCGAGUUGUAUCAAGAAUUACAGAAGAAACAGGAACCUGAAACUCAUCAGGAUGCGGCAACUUCAGCUCAGCCUACAAUUGAAGAAAUGUUUAACAAACAAAGAAAGUGGUCCAAGUCAGAUGACAGGUCGAAACUAAUGGACAGACUUAUCCUAGAGAUGAUAGUCACUGAUAACCAACCAUUCACAGUGGUAUCUGAUGUUGGCUUUAAACGCCUCAUGGCUGCAGCUGAGCCAAGAUACGCACUCAAAAGUGACAAGUACUACCGUACUGAAAAGCUGAAAGACGUUCACCAGAAGGUCGUGGACAAGAUCAAAUCCCUGAUUAAACCGGAAAAUGCUGGCCACUCCCUCUCCUUCACCACAGACUGUUGGUCUGGGAAUGCUGAGUCUUUAAUGAGCCUGACAUGCCAUUACAUUGACGCAGGAUGGUCAAGAAAGCAGGCUGUCUUAAAUACAAGAGCAAUGCAUGGAUCUCACACGGGGGAAUACCUAAAAGAAACAUUACUUACUAUGCUUGAGGACUGGAACAUAAACAAAGACCGUGUAGCACUUGUCCUUCGAGAUAGUGGAGCAAAUAUAGUGAAGGGAUUGAGGCUCAGUGAACUCCCAGACCUUAGCUGCACAGCACACACCUUGCAACUUGUGGUGAAUGAUGGCUUGACAAGUCAAAGAGCAGUUACAGAUGUCAUUGCAAUUCUUAAGAGGUGUGCCACACACUUUCACCACUCCAUUCUGGCCAAACAUUUGCGAAAAAUUCAAGGGGAACUUGGCUUGCCAGAGCACAGCAUAAUUCAGGCUGUUCCAACAAGAUGGAAUUCAACGCUCCACGUGCUGCAAAGAAUGCAAGAGCAAAAGCGUGCUCUUACAAUCUACAGUGGUGAACAUAGAGGAUUUGCAGCUCUCACAGCUGAGCAGUGGGACCUUGUCUCAAAUUUAAUUGAAACACUGCUUCCAAUUGAAGAAGUAACACUGGAAGUAAGCCACAGCAACUCCUCUGCAUCGUGCAUAAUUCCAAGCCUGACUGUGCUCAAGAUGCUUUUCCAGAAUGAUGAAGGGCCCAACACAAGAGGCAUUAGAACACUAAGGCAAACUAUGAGGGAGAGUCUGGACAAGCGCUUCUCCAAAAUCAAAGACACCAAAAUUGUGGUGCUGGCCUGUCUCUUAGAUCCUCGUUAUAAGAGUCAUGCAUUUUCCUCUGCCACCACCUUGAGCAAAGCCAAAAGAUGGUUACAAGAAGAAGACGCGUCCACACAAGAGACCACUCAGAGCGAGCACGCUGCUACAGAGGGUUCAAGCAAGGAGGAACAGUGUGCAGCAACUGAAACACAGGAGAAUGAACCCCCCCAAAAAAGCAACAAAGAGUACACAUAUCUUACCGCAGUCGCAUCGAUGAGAUGUUCACUUCUCUGCUGGGAUCUGUAUCUCAAGGAGCCUGUCAUUGACAGGCGUAAAGAAGAUCCACUCCAGUGGUGGAAACGAAAUGAAGGACGCUUCAAGAUACUUGCAAAACACGCAAGAAAGUUUCUCUGUGCACCACCUUCUAAAGUCCAAAGUGAACGUCUCUUCAGUGAAGUCUCCACAGUCUAUGACAAGAGAAGUCGUCUGACUGGAGAGCAUGCAGAGCAACUUUGUUUUUUGCAUCAUAAUCUGGUGCUGCUCAAUUGGGACUAUUGAACUUGCUUAUGUAAAAAUUUUAUUUGUUUCUAUUCUCUUUAUUUUGGGGUCAAGCACCUAUAUGUACCUAAGUUACUCAAGUUUUCAGUUAACUUAAGUUAUUUAAGUUUUCUGCGUUCUUUUUAAGUUAUUUAAGUUAUUUUGGUUUCUUAAACUUACAUUUUUACAGACGUGUUAAGAUGUUUAUGUUCACAAAACAUUUGCAUAAAGAAACUUAAAAAUGUUUAGUGUUUGAGAUGAUACUUUUGACACCAAUAUUUUCCUUUUUAAAGCAAGUAAAUAUCGGUUUCAAAUAUCGGUUAUCGGCCGACUUGACCACCGAUAAUCGGUAUAGGUCCCAAAAAAACCAUAUCGGUCUAUCUCUAAAAAAAACCUGAAAAGUGGGGUGUGCAAUAUUAUUGGGCCCCCUUGCAUUAAUACUUUGUAGCGCCACCUUUUGCUGCAGUUACAGCUGCAAGUCGCUUGGGGUACGUCUCUAUCAGUUUUGCACAUCCAGAGACUGAAAUUCUUGCCCAUUCUUCCUUGCAAAACAGCUGGAGCUCAGUGAGGUUGGAUGGAGAGCGUUUGUGAACAGCAGUCUUCAGCUCUGCCCACAGAUUCUGGAUUGGAUUCAGGUCUGGACUUUGACUUGGCCAUUCUAACACCUGGAUACGUUUAUUUGUGAACCAUUCCAUUGUAGAUUGGGCUUUAUGUUUUGGAUCGUUGUCCUGUUGGAAGAUAAAUCUCCAUCCCAGUCUCAGGUCUUUUGCAGACUCCAACAGGUUUUCUUCCAGAAUGCUCCUGUAUUUGGCUCCAUUCAUCUUCCCAUCAAUUUGAACCAUCUUCCCUGUCCCUGCUGAAGAAAAGCAGGCCCAAACCAUGAGGCUGCCACCACCAUGUUUGACAGUGGGGAUGGUGUGUUCAGGGUGAUGAGCUGUGUUGCUUUUACGCCAAACAUAUGGUUUUGCAUUGUGGCCAAAAAGUUGGAUUUUGGUUUCAUCUGACCAGAGCACCUUCUUCCAUGUUUGGUGUGUCUCCCAGGUGGCUUGUGGCAAACUUCAAACCAGACUUUUUAUGGAUAUCUUUGAGAAAUGGCUUUCUUCUUGCCACUCUUCCAUAAAGGCCAGAUUUGUGCAGUGUACGACUGAUUGUUGUCCUAUGGACAGACUCUCCCACCUCAGCUGUAGAUCUCUGCAGUUCAUCCAGAGUGAUCAUGGGCCUCUUGGCUGCAUCUCUGAUCAGUCUUCUCCUUGUUGGAGGUGAAAGUUUAGAGGGACGGCCGGGUCUUGGUAGAUUUGCAGUGGUCUGAUACUCCUUCCAUUUCAAUAUGAUUGCUUGCACAGUGCUCCUUGAGAUGUUUAAAGCUUGGGAAAUCUUUUUGUAUCCAAAUCCGGCUUUAAACUUCUCCACAACAGUAUCUGGGACCUGCCUGGUGUGUUCCUUGGUCUUCAUGAUGCUCUCUGCACUUUAAACAGAACCCUGAGACUAUCACAGAGCAGGUGCAUUUAUACGGAGACUUGAUUACACACAGGUGGAUUCUAUUUAUCAUCAUCAGUCAUUUAGGACAACAUUGGAUCAUUCAGAGAUCCUCACUGAACUUCUGGAGUGAGUUUGCUGCACUGAAAGUAAAGGGGCCCAAUAAUAUAGGACGCCCCACUUU